AUGGAAGGGUUCAAAGAAAAGAGAAGUAAGUGGUUUGUGAAAGAAAGUGCUAAGCCAAAGAAAGAAACGAAACAAACAAAGAGAAAACAAGCUCCACAAACGAUGCUUAGAGAUGAAGAUAGUGAAGAUGAUGUGAUUUCUGCUACAUCGGAUAAAGAUACUAGUGAGAAAAACACUGUUGAAAUUAAUAAAGAUACGAGUGACGAGGCAGAUGAUGAGACAACAGAAAGUGAAGAAGCCAGAGCUGAGAAAAGAGCUACAAGAUAUAAGAAGAAACGUUCAGAAGAUAGUGAUGAUGAAACGUAUAUGCCUUCUGAUUCUGAACAACAAGUCAAGAAGGGGUCUCCAAUGGCGAAAAAAUCACGAAAGGUAGUUGAAGAACCUUUGACUGAAACAACAACUGUUGGAUCUGAACUAGUAGUUACAGAGAAGAGAACGCCUAUUGUUGAAGAACAUGUGAUUCCAAUCAGAACUCCUACUGCUUCACAGUAA